AUGGCUUAUUACCGAACGGAUUUAAAGGCUUUCCUCAGAAUUAGUUCUGAGAAUUUGGUGUUAGAUCAAGGAUCAUGUCCACAAGGUUGGAUAGGACACAAGGGAUCUUGUUAUUUACCUUAUGUUAACGGAAAGACUUGGCAAGAAGCAAACGGAACUUGUCGUGAAAUGGACUCGCACUUGGCCUUAUCCAGGAGCGCCACAGAAAACAGAUUUAUAGCCGAACAAGUUGCCAGACCAGAAGCUCGCGUCUGGAUUGGUCUGAAACGGAACCGGGGCGAGUUUUUCUGGAGUGAUGGUACCAAAUCUGAGUUUACAAACUGGGCUAAGCGGGAGCCUAAAGAUGCCUCGGUUACAGGCAGAGAUUGUGUAACUCUACUUUCCGAGGACAUUUUCCACUCGUGGGAAGUAAGAGAUUGUGAGGAAAGACAGUCGUUCAUCUGCGAGAGAGGUGAGAUUACUCCGGCAUCAGUGUUAGUGUAG